UCGCAGUCAAUCGCAGUACAAGAUGGCUUCCCUCGGGUGUUGUGGUUGACGAUAUUUACAAGAUAUUUUGUACAUUCUAUACCGUAAUUAGGUCGUUAUCGACCUAACUAGUUUCUUUGUUCGAAAACGAGUGCCCUGCAAAGGCAACGGAAAUAAACGCAGCGAUUGGAAACCAUCGCUGCUAACAAAAUGCGAACAUCUCAAGACUGAGGCACACUUCUGACUUCUGAGGGGUGGAUGAUAGAAAUUUACCUAAAAGGCAAGAGAAGCCAGUCGAAACACUGGAGAAAGACGGCGGAGCUUUGGAGGAGGGGGAGAUGUCCGCCGGCACCCAGGGAGAGAUUCGGGUUGGUCCAUCGCACCAGGAAUUGGUUUCUUGUCAGGCCCGAUUGCCUGAGUAUCGGCCGGGUAUUCCUCCUGGCGACCUGCUUCCUGAUCCAGAGUUUUCAAAGGAACGAGAAGAGCUAAGAUGGAUCCCUGCAAUGUCAUUGGAUAUAGAUCUUAUCAUGUACCUGAGGGCGGCUCGUUCAAUAGCCGCAUUCGCUGGUAUGUGUGAUGGAGGAUCCCCUGAUGAUGGUUGUGUGGCAGCUUCGCGAGACGAUACAACCAUCAGUGCCUUGGAUAUUCUCCACGAUUCUGGCUAUGAUUCAGGAAGAGCGUUACAAGCCCUUGUUAAAUGUCCCGCACCCAAAGGAAUCGACAAAAAAUGGUCUGAAGAAGAAACGAAACGAUUUGUCAAAGGCCUUCGACAAUUUGGAAAAAACUUUUCUCGUAUUAAGAAAGAUCUCUUGCCGCACAAAGAUACGCCCGAACUCGUCGAGUUCUAUUAUCUGUGGAAGAAGACACCUGGUGCCAACAAUAAUCGACCGCAUCGAAGACGAAGAAACCAGGGGUCGCUGCGUCGAAUUCGAAACACGCGGAACUCUAGAGCCGGUACUCCAAAGGAGGAGGUUCCUACCCCACCGAAAGACGUGCCUCCAAGUACGACGAACGUCAAGGAGACAGCUUCCGAGCCGGAGAGUGCUCCCGCCGGCACUCCGGCCAACAAUGGCAAUCCCGGUGGCGAAGUUAGUUCAGUGACUGAGGAUGACAAUUCGGAAGAGGACAGUGAUUCCCGGGACACAAACACGAAUGGUGUAACUCAAUCCUGUCGACACUGUUCAUCCACUAGUUCAAAAGAUUACCAAGUAACUGGUAAGGAUAGGCUGCUCCUCUGUGCAGAAUGCAGAGCACAUUUGAAAAAGACAGGAGAAUUACCUCCUGCACCUCCCUACAUGUUCCGCCCAGUGCCAGCUGAAUCGCCAGAUAGUCCGGGUAGAAUGCGAACGAGAAAUAAGGCGAAGGAAAUCCCAAGACCAGCUAGACCCAGAAGAACUGGUGGCACUGAUACCCCCGAGCAAGAGAAGCCAACUCUGCAGCAACCGCCGUCUGCUGAGAAGCCGAAGAAGAAGACCUCCAAACCGGAAACUCCCAAGAAGGGUCAGAAGCGACAAGCGAACGAUGAAGUAGAAGAGGAGAAGGAUCCUCAGAAGCGGAAGCGCGGAGAGAGACCUGAAAGUCCCGCGGAAUCGCUCACCACUGAUAGCAAUUCUCUUAUGGAUGAGCCCGAGAGAGAAGCAGAAGGAGAUGCUACUGAACAGCCUCCUGUCCCAAUUCCCACCCCAGUCGAGGAACCAGUGAGUCCUGCCACAACUACCACCACGCCGGAGGAAACCUGCGAAAUAACGCCUUCUUCCACGCCUGUCCCGGCACCAAUUCAGAGCUUGCCUAUAUCAGUUCCUGUUAUUCAUACCAUUGAGAAAAAGCCCCUGGUUGAGGAACUACCGGAGAUGAAGGAGCAAAUAGAAGAAGUGCCAUUGCAGAUGACUCAACCCAUAAAAAUUGAACCUCUUAUGAAACUAGAACCUCUUCCGAAAGUAGAACCUGCUGUCACGCCGCCUAGUGAGGAGCCCAAGGAACCAGAACAAGUCAUCCUCACUGCACCUCAGCCUCUGAAUAUCGCCGAGAUUAGUCAGAACCUUCCACGCAAUCUUUCCCAACCAAUCGGUCCUCCCAUUUGUCAGUCUUCCGUCCCCCAGAAUCUACAGAACUCCCAAAUCCCACCUCCAUCCCAACCCCUGCCCCUGAAUAUGCAAUACACGAGCAACUUGCCAAUCAGUCAAAAUGUGCCUCAGAACUUAUCGCAGAGUAUUCAAAUUCCAUCGAGUUUAUCCCAGAACAUGACAACCGCACAAAGUAUGGGAGCUGCACAAAACCUGUCGAUGCACAGCGAAAGUAUAGCCAAUGCACAAAGUAUAAGUCAGAUCCCCGGGCCACCUCUCAAUCUAAACAUACCCCAGAAUAUGACCAGCGCCAUGACGCAAAUGCAAAUGAUGCCCGGUUCGCCACAGCCUUUGGGGUUGACUGUCAUUCCUGAAAAUAGGAUAACGGAUGAUCGAUUGUCAGCUGAAAGACUGGCUGCUGAAAGACUCGCUGCGGAGAGGAUGUCAGCCGAUCGGGUCACAGUUGAUCGACUCACGGCAGACAGAUUAACAGGAGAUCGGAUGCGCGAUGCCAGGAUUCCAGAUCGGAUACCCGAACGGCCUGAUAACGAGCCCGAGAGACCCGACCCUCCCAAUCUCUUCCAACCCAUCCAACCUCCACACCUUCCUCCGGAAAAACCAUCGUCUGUGUACAAUCUCGCGGGCACUCCACCCAUGGAACCGCAGAACCUCGUCAAACAGGAGAUAAUUCCUCCAGAACCGGAUCCUUUGCAGAGUCUCAAGGAAGUCAAAGUGCCCGGAUUCCAAACCUCCUUCCCAGGACCGAGCAUAGACAACAUAAAAAAAGAUCCCGACAGCACAAGCAAGCCUUCCACUCCCAGCAAACACAUCCACAAUCCUCAGGUGCCCCAAAUGCAAUCCGUCGCAGCCUCUCCAACCGCAAACUUGCCACCACCUCCGACGUCUCUCUCGCAACCCGUGAUGCAUCCAUCACAACAGCCAAGUCCCCACAUGGCUCAUCCCUUCCAUCCCCAUCAUCCUCUGAUGCACCACUCCCUCUUUGCCGCAAUGCAUCCUUACCAUCCUCACGCCUAUCCCGGAUAUCCUCCAGUCGGUGGCUAUCCUUCCUUUCCUCCUUAUCCCUACGGUCCAGUUCCUCACGCAAUUCCACCGCCUUCGCCUCAAAGAAGCCAGGAGAAUGCGAACAUGAUGGCUGCCCAUCACUCCACAGGUUCGAGUGUUGCAUCGAGAGAAGAGGAGAACCUGAUCGCCCAUCAUCAGCACUCGAGUAUGCACCAGGCGAAUCUCCAUCACGACAAGCUCCUAGCAAUAUCUUCCCACAGUUCACACACUCAUUCCUCGCCUCACACAUCUCACAACAGUCAACGAAAGCCUUCCCUCGUAUCAGCCUCGUGUCUGAUUUCCUCUUCUAGUUCGCAACACCAUCACCAUCGUCCGCCUCAGCAACAGCAGCACCAGCAGCAGCCUCCGCCGGAACCGAAAAUGGAACAAGAGAUUGUCGAGCCCGAGCCGGAAGAGGCUCCUAGUCCUAACCGAGGUCCAAGUCCGGAGCCGAGAAUUGACGACUCUGAGUGUCACAGAUCGCAAUCGGCUAUCUUCCUGCGCCACUGGUAUCGAGGUGAUGACAAUUCGUGCACGAGAACGGAUUUGAUGUUCAAACCUGUACCUGAUUCGAAGCUGGCGAGGAAACGGGAGGAGAGGUCGAGAAAGCAGGCCGAAAGGGAGCGAGAGGAGAGAGAUAGGGCCGCUGCACAGCAGAGGAAGAUGUCGACGCCGGAGAAGCAACCGGAAAUUUGUAAACCUCCGAGUCGCGGUCCCAUGGAGCCUGUGGUUUCUCCCUUCGACAGAUACGCCGCUGCGAGGCCUGGCUCUUAUGCUGAUACUCCCGCGUUGAGACAACUGUCUGAGUAUGCCCGACCUCAUGCUGCAUUUUCGCCAGCGAGGCAUGUUGCGCCUCAAGAUCCGAUGAUGCAUUAUAUGUAUGGACCGGGUGCACGAGAGAGAAUAGAGCAAUUGGAGCAUUUAGAGAGGGAGAAGAGGGAGAGGGAAUUGAGGGAGUUGAGAGAAAGAGAGUUGAAUGAUAGAUUGAAGGAGGAAUUGCUGAAGGGGCAACCGCGACAGAUGCCUGGUCCUGAUCCUCAUUGGCUUGAGAUGCACAGGAGAUAUGCGGCGGCCGGAUUAGCGCCUGGACAUUCGGCACCGCCCCAGGCGCUUCAUCAGUUUGGACUGUAUGGAGCACCUCCUGGACCUGGACAGCUUGAGAGGGAGAGAUUGGAACGACUAGUGUUUCAUGCAGCGGCAGCGGGAGCAAAUUAUCCACGUCCAGGCAUGAUGCCCAGAGAUCCAACGAUGGGCAUGCAUCCUGCAGAACUCCUCGGAAGACCUUACGCGGACAUGGCGGCGGCCCACCAUGAACAACUCCAGCGCCAUUUGAUGGUCGAAAGAGAUAGACUUCCUCCCCAUGCUUCGUUCGUUGCUCACCACGAAGAGUACCUAAGACAACAACGAGAGCGCGAGCUUAAAGUUCGCGCCUUGGAAGAAGCUGCACGUGGAUCGCGUCCUUAAGCGUAACUAAACUUAUAUUCUAAUUAUCUUUGACAGUUAGGCGAGUUAUAAAAGAACUCGCAUGAUUUGUGAGCUAGAAAUUUACUGUACUAGAAAAAUCGACGUGCAGAUAUUAUUUUCUUCACGUGUCAUGCGACUUUAGUUCCCUUCGAUUUAAGAAACUAUUUUUAUGUUUUCUUAAUGUUUAUGUACGUACAGUGUAAGACCUGACGAUUAUUAUCGUUAUGUCCUGUAAUAUGUUAGUGUAAAUACAACAACAGAGAUCUUCGAGUGCUAGCUCAUCGUAGAUCUAAGUCCUUAAAGCAAUGUUUUAUAACAAUUGUAAAUUAAUUUCGAGUCUAUGGAUAUCGCAGUAACAUUCGUACACUCAAUCCACCCUUUUUAUUUAAUUUUUUAUUAAUUAAUUUACGUGGUGUCAGUACCAAAGUGUUCACACAUGAGAUACCCUCUCGCAAACUUAAUGUCUCACUCGAAUCAAUGUGAGCACACACUUUAGUUAGAGUUUUAGUAUUUUUAUUAGCGCGGAUAGGAAUUUUACAUCUGUUCCAAUGUUUUUUUUUCUGUUUGUAUUUCCUCAUCGGAAAUUGAACUCCUCUGGCUCUGCUCGCUUUCCCCAAGAACCCCAAGUUUUGCGAAGGAAAUUAUGUGAAAGUGAACUUGAUAUCGAUUUUAUUGAAUUUAUUACCAUCGCAAUAUCAGAAAGUAUGAAACUUUUACCUUUUUAAAAUAUUCAAGACAUAUCGAGCUAUGAAAUCAGUUUGGGAUUUUCAAAUUGACUGGCUCAAAGGCUUUUGGACAUUUUGUGCUUCCAUAGCUUUUUUACUUCUUUUUUUUAAUUGAAAGGGUUUUAAGUGAGACGAUUAAAACUUGUAUCUGUAGUCUUACAGUUUUUUAAAACACUAUAAACUUUUUAUUAUACUACAAUUAUUAGAAAGUGUUGUCUAAAUUGGCUUUAGGUUCUAAAUAUGAUUUUAGAUAAUUUUUAGAACGAUAAUCAAUAUUUUAGAAUUGAAUUAUGCGAUUGCAAACCAAAAUAAGAAAAAGGGUUUUUCUUGGAAGCGAGUUUGGUUUGAUGAAGACUCGAUUUUAAUCAGUAUAGGUUUUUUUUUAGCUUAAUGACUUGUAACAAGUAAGCUAGGUUGAAGUAUUUGGAAAGCAAUGACAUCAACGCGUUUGUAUAUUUUCCGUGUCGACUAUUCAAGAUUAAUUAUAAAUGUGGACAUCUCCUAUAGAAGAAUGGUGGCUGGUCGAUAUUGUAAACUUUAAAAGAGAGUGACCAAAGUGAAACGUUUUGAGGGAAACGUUAAAUACAGAGCGCAAUGUUCCAUGGUCCUAUUGUCCAAUGUAAAUCACUUUCUAGAUAUCUUAAAAGCAUUUGCUGGAAGCUCAUGCUCGACGCAUUAUAGAUAAUUCAGUUUUUUUUUUCUUCUGUGUCAAGACCACUGGAACAUGUAAAUUGUAAGCUAUAAAAUUGAUCUAUGUAACUUAUCACAGUAAACAUUUCAUACAAA